ACCUAUUCUAAAAUGCAUUAGAUCAAUUCUUCUCCUAACCUUAAAUUAGGGGUUAAUAAUUCAGUAUUAUUAAGGUUAUUGAUUGUCACACUAGUAGGCUGUGUGGUGCAGCUGUAAAUGCCGCAGCGUUUUGUAGGAGUCCAAACUGACCUGCUGCCCUGCCUGGGUUUGUCAACUUUUCUGAAUGACUGCUGGUGUUAGCUAACAGGCCGUUCUGAGCUGGGACUGCGGCACUCAAGCAACAAAAAAGUAGCCCAGAGUAAGCAGUGAGUGUGCAGCGCUUCGGUUUGCAGCCUCGGUGUCAACUUAACGCGUGUGUCCGCCUGGUGGAGCUUGAUUUCAGGGACCGACGCACUGCAAUGAACCGCGGAUCUGCUACACUGGAGCACUAUAAAGCAGCCAUGUUGCUGAGUGGUGUUGGUGAUGCUCUGGGAUACAGGAACCAGCUGUGGGAGUACAAUGAGUCGGGACCAGCCAUUCACCAGGAACUGAAGGAGCUUGGUGGUCUGAAGAACAUCAAGGCUGAGCUCCCUGACUGGCCAGUGAGCGACGACACAGUUCUUCAUCUGGCAACGGCUGAAGGGCUGGCAACUGGGAAGACGGGGGAGGAGCUCAUGCACGAGGUGGCUGCUCGAUAUGUAGAGGGGAUGAAAGACAUGGACGGGAGGAAACCAGGGCCCUCAAGCAUUCUGGGAGUCUCCCAGCUGAAACCUGGACAUGAAGGGGGCUACAGAGUGCCAUAUAACCCAGAGGGGACGGGCUGUGGCGCGGCCAUGAGGUCCAUGUGCAUUGGCCUCAGGUAUCCAAAGCCCGACCAGCUGUUGUCGUUGGUGGCGGUUGCAGUGGAGACAGGCAGGAUGACCCAUCCUCACCCCACUGGUUUCCUGGGAGCCGUAGCAUCGGCCCUUUUUACUUCAUACGCCGUCCAGCGCAGGCCAAUCACGACUUGGGGUCUAGGCCUUAUCAACGAGGCCUGUCCAAUAGCAAAGAGCUUUGUUCAAGGUCGAGGCUUCGCGGUGGAGGAGACGGAGAGAGACUGGGGCUACUUCUGUGACAAGUGGCAGUGGUACCUGGAUUUGAGGGGCAUCUCUAACGGGGUGGGGCCUGUGAUUUGGCCCUCCUCCUACGGCCCAGCUGAGAGAGACGACGCCUACAAGAGCUUCAGCCUGUCGGGAUGGGCGGGACGCAGUGGCCACGAUGCUCCGAUGAUAGCGUUGGACGCCCUGCUGGGGGCGAGUUCAGAUUGGGAGGAGCUGAUGAGCAGAGCGGGCUUCCACGGAGGCGACAGUGACAGCACAGCAGUGAUUGCCUGCUGCUGCUGGGGUCUUCUGUACGGCACCCAGGGGGUCCCUGAAGGCAACUACUCCAACCUGGAGUACCGGAACCGACUGGAGCGCAGCGCAGAGCAACUCUAUGCCCUGUCACACUGCCACCACAGCCAGCUGCACUGACAGUGUCCAAGCAUCUUGAACUGAGGCCAUGCAGACACAUUGACAUAGAGCUAGUUGGCAUUAGUUAGUGCAUCAAUCUAGAGUGGUGUUAUCUUUUUCUAUGUUCCAUCUACUCAUUCGUCAAGUGAUUUGAAUUGAUGUAUAUGAACUGUGCUAUAUAAACUUGCCUUGCUCUCACAAAGUGUGGUGUCAUAUUAGCCUGAAGGGGAAGCCGUGUCCCACUAACCCAAAGAGUCAUCUCUGCCACAAGGACUGUGUGCCUCAUGAUGUUGACACUGAAGCUGGUGUAUAAAGAGGGCGCCACCUAGUGAACGUUUCAAAUUAACAUGCAAAGUUGCACCACUGAGUGGAACGAAUUCAAGCUAAUGAGAAUGUGGAAAGAAUGCAAAAAGUUCCCUAUGAGGUAAUUACUUCGUUUUGUCAGCCUGACAUAAUAGCGAAUGCCUAGUAAGCUUCAAAUUAAAUGUGCUCUUGUUAUUGUCUAAUGAAAAAUACACUUCUGUGUCUCAUACUUAUUUCCUGCAGCACAGAGCAGAACUGUAACUGCAAUACUCUAGACAAGCACAAUUAUUACAAUAAAAGAAACUAACAAA